CUGCGCGGGGGUCUCCGCCUUCUGCUCCAGGUUGAAUCGCUGGGAGGGCGGCGGCGAUCGGGCUAGCAGCAGCGGCGGCAGCCGGGACCCGGGCCAUGGCGGAGUUGGAGCACCUGGGUGGGAAGCGGGCCGAGUCGGCGCGAGUGCGGCGGGCUGAGCAGCUGCGGCGCUGGCGGGGCUCGCUGACUGAGCAGGAGCCGGCGGAGCGGCGGGGCUCCGGGCGGCAGCUGCAGCCGUCCCGCCGCGGGGGGCCUCGGGUCCGCUUUGAGGACGGGGCCGUCUUCCUGGCAGCCUGCUCGAGCGGGGACACGGACGAGGUGAAGAGGCUGCUUGCCAGGGGAGCCGACAUCAAUACGGUCAACGUCGACGGGCUGACAGCCCUGCACCAGGCCUGUAUUGAUGAAAACUUGGACAUGGUGAAGUUCCUAGUGGAGAACAGAGCCAAUGUAAACCAGCAGGACAACGAGGGCUGGACUCCUCUUCAUGCGGCAGCUUCCUGUGGCUAUCUUAACAUAGCAGAGUAUUUCAUUAGCCAUGGAGCCAGUGUGGCUGCAGUGAAUAGUGAAGGUGAAGUCCCCUCCGACCUUGCAGAAGAGGCAGCAAUGAAGGACCUGCUCCUGGAGCAGGUGAAGAAGCAAGGGGUUGACCUGGAGCAGUCAAGAAAAGAAGAGGAGCAGCAGAUGUUGCAGGAUGCUCGUCAGUGGCUCAAUAGUGGAAAAAUUGAAGAUGUGAGACAAGCUCGCUCAGGGGCCACUGCCCUCCAUGUGGCUGCUGCCAAGGGGUACUCUGAAGUUCUCAGGCUUUUGAUUCAGGCUGGCUAUGAACUGAAUGUUCAGGAUCAUGAUGGCUGGACUCCCCUUCAUGCUGCUGCACAUUGGGGGGUGAAAGAGGCCUGUUCCAUCUUGGCAGAAGCCCUCUGUGAUAUGGAUAUCAGGAACAAACUGGGCCAAACACCCUUUGAUGUGGCAGAUGAAGGACUUGUGGAACACUUGGAGAUGCUCCAGAAGAAACAGAAUGUGCUUCGAAGUGAGAAAGAGACAAGAAAUAAACUUAUUGAAGCAGACCUGAAUGGGAAAUUGCAGAGUGGACUCUUUAAAAACAAAGAGAAGAUUCUGUAUGAUGAGGAAACACCGAAGUCCCAGGAAACAGAGGAAGAGGUUAAGGAGUCUAGCAGCUCUAGCUCAGAAGAAGAAGAAGGUGAAGAGGAAGCUUCUGAGUCAGACACUGAGAAGGAGGCAGAUAAAAAGCUGGAGGCUGUUGUCAACCACUCUAGUUCUGAAUCAAAGAGCAGCAUCAUGGAGCAGAUACCACCACCAUCUCAGAAUAUAUUCUCUGCUUCUCCUGCUAGAAGAUUCUCCUCUAGUUUCUUCAAUAAGGCAGAAGAGCCUAAGGAUGAAUCACCUGCCUCGUGGCGACUUGGACUACGGAAGACUGGCAGCCACAACAUGCUUAGUGAGGUGACCAGUCCUCGUGAGGCUUUAAGGGAUCGAGGCUCCUCCAUCUACCGCUCCUCAUCCAGCCCUCGGAUUUCUGCCCUGCUGGAUAACAAAGAAAAGGAAAGGGAAAAUAAAAGCUAUUUCUCUUCACUAACACCACGGAGGCUCAAUAGUACAAGUGAUAUCGAAGAAAAGGAAAACAGAGAAUCUGCUGUUAAUCUAGUUCGGAGUGGCUCCUACACUCGGCAGCUUUGGAGGGAUGAAGCAAAGGGAAAUGAACCUUCUCAGACUGGUGCUCCUUCCACCUAUGUAUCAACCUACUUGAAAAGUGCUUCAUUUGGUAGAAGUAGUGACCCCACCAGUCCCUACAUUUCAGCCAAUCGCAAUUCAUCUCCUGCUACCUCACCCACUACCAUUGGUUCAUCUACCUCUCGAGGCAGCCAGUGGCAACCUGCCUCUUCCUGCCCUACACCAAUCAGUGCAAAUACUACUGCAUCUGUUCACCAUGGCAGAACUCCUUACAAGCUCCAUUCAGAUCCGGCUGUGGAAAAAGCUGCAGACAAUGUGUCCUCUAGCACCCCGCUGUGUGUGAUCACCAAUCGACCCCUGCCUAGCACUGCCAACGGGGUUACAGCUGCCAAUGUGCUCUCAACUACUGGGACAGACUCCUCCACAGAAGCCAGGGAGAGGAGGCGGUCUUAUUUAACACCUGUACGGGACGAGGAAGCGGAGUCCCAGCGGAAAGCCCGUUCUAGACAAGCUCGGCAGACUCGAAGAUCUACACAGGGUGUCACUCUGACCGAUCUUCAGGAAGCAGAAAGAACCUUUAGCCGAUCCCGGGCAGAAAGGCAAUCUCAAGAACAGCCAAGUGAAAAGACUGAAAGUGGUCCCGAGCAUCUUGAAGAUGGCAGUGAAAAACAGGAGCCACCCACAGUACUGACAAAAGAAACUGGGGAGAACCGGCAGCGUGGGAGGAGGAACUUGGAUGAAGAGCCUUCUUAUGGACGACUGAGAAGCCUAACCCAGCAAGAUAAACCCACAACACCACUUUCUCCUUCUGAGUCAAGAUCCUCCCUUUCCAUUGGAUCCCAUCUCCUCCGGGCAAGUAGGUCCUCUGGCUUAGACUCUGAGAGUUCAGAAACUUCCACAAGCACCACAAAGGAUAUGGAAAAAAAUGAAAAUGAAGAUCCAGAUUUGGAUGACCAAUCCUCCACUAAGACAUCCAUCCGGGAGAGGCGCCGACUCAAAGAAAGGCGAAGAGGGACAGGCAUAAACUUCUGGACAAAGGAUGGAGACGAAGCUGAUGGCACAGAAGACUUAAAAGAGUCAUGGCAUGAAAGGCUUUCUAGGUUGGAAUCAGGAGGCAGUAGCCUCACCUCCACUGAUACUUACAGUGACCGAGCUUCAGCCAAGGCCCGCCGGGAGGCCCGAAUAGCUUCUUUGACAAGUCGUGUGGAAGAGGAUAGCCAAAGGGAUUAUAAAAAGCUCUAUGAGAGUGCUCUGACAGAAAACCAGAAGCUGAAAACCAAACUGCAGGAGGCCCAGCAGGAACUGGCAGAUGUCAAAUCUAAAUUAGAAAAAGUAGCCCAGCAGAAACAAGAAAAAACCUCUGACCGAUCAACAAUGCUGGAGAUGGAGAAAAGGGAGAGACGAGCCCUGGAGAGGAAAAUGUCAGAAAUGGAGGAGGAGAUGAAGGUUUUGACAGAGCUGAAGUCCGACAACCAGAGGCUGAAAGAUGAAAAUGGUGCCCUCAUCAGAGUUAUCAGCAAGCUGUCCAAAUAGACUUAAUUUUUUUGGAAGGGAAAGCACUUGCUGUCCCCAGCACCCAUUCCCCCUGCCUCCUUCCAACCAAAAAGUGUCAGUGUUUGUGACUGAAGGAUCCCUCCCUGCCCCACUACCCCAAGCAUUUCUUUUCCCUGCA